UGCUUCCAGGUUGGACUCCCAGGCUCUCCUUGGUGCUGGUGGCCUUUUGUCUGGGUGCAAGUUAACUGACUCUACUCCAUUAAGAUAUCCUUUACACUCAGCAAUUUUCUAGUACAUUUUGUUUGUGCUUUUAGUAAAGAAAGCCUUCAAGACUCCUUCCAGGGAUGUGCCCAGCUCAGUUCAGGACUCAGGGACCCCUACACCGGGCCUUUCAGGCACUUCGGGGGUAGUACCUACCUUGUCAACUCCCCCAGUUACAUCAGCCAGUAACCCAGAUGCUCCGAAAAGCAGUAGAAGGAUGAAGAAUUGCCGGGUGGCCGGCUGUUUCUUGGCUGAGCUGUCGAGUUCCACAUCUGAUUAUGUGAAGUACUUUCAGCUGAAAAAGGAGGAGCUGACUUGGAAGCUCUACCACUUCUUUAAUGCCACAAUCUUUGGGAAAAAGUUACCAGAGAAAAUCAGCAUAAACUGGAAUAAAAAGAUGCGUACAACAGCGGGAUACUGCCACUUUUCAGGCAAAGAAGGGGGUCCACAAGCAACUCGUAGCAUCCGCAUUGAGCUUUCAGAAAAAGUCUGUGACUCGGCAGACCGGCUCCGGGACACACUGAUCCAUGAAUUAUGCCACGGAGCUACUUGGCUGUUUCAUGGCGUCAGAGACUGUCAUGGUCCCUUUUGGAAGGUCUAUGCCCAAAGAUCUGCAUCAGUGCACCCAGAGCUGCCCUUGGUGAAACGAUGCCACACUUAUGAGAUUCACUAUAAAUUUAUCUAUGAAUGUUCUCAGUGCAAAGCCAGGGUUGGUCGCCACUCCAAGUCGGUGGAUACCGAUUGUGUAGUCUGUUCUCUGUGCCAUGGGCCUCUCCUCCUCCUCCCACCCACCCCAAAAGCUGGCACAUCUGGGCAGACUCAGCCCACUCCAGCUGCUACAUGCACAAAAACAAGCCACCAUUCUGCCAAGAAGGGAAAAAGGAUUCGCUCGCAGCACAAAGAGGAGAUACCACCCAAGGAUGCUGAGACCCAGGAGGGCGAGGCGACUGUGCCUCAGAGCACUGCUGCUUCUAGCAAAUGUAUUUAGGGACAAUUAGCUGGAGAAGUAACGUUAAAUGAACUGUUCAAGAUUUUUUCAGGUGUUUGAUGUAAAAGUUAGUGCUGAUUUAGAAUUCUGUGCAUUUGAGUAGUGAUUUCCUGUCACUGACCAAGUAACAUCAGGAUUGUGGCUGUGCAAAUGUCUAGCUACCCUCUCCUUCUUUCUCCUUGAACCCAUGAUCUUGAUGGUGUUGGGAGCUGCACUUGUUUGGGUGAAAUGGCUAAGAGGAGGUAAAGCCCUUGGGAAAAGAAGGCAACAACAGCUCUCAAAGUGAGGAGAGAAACAAGAACAGGGAGCUCGCAAUCAGGGGCGUUUUAGGCGGGGAUUUUAAUGUGGAUUUUAGCCAGGAUUAGUUUGAUUGUUACUGAGUUGGUUUUUAUCUCCCAGGGAAAAUUAAGCACUAAGCA